AACCUGCCAAUCCGACAAACAAGCAAAUCAAAGCGCAAUGGAGUCUGGACGAAAGAAGCAGCCUGCCGAGAGACGACCUCCAACAGCACACGCCAACCGUCUCGGCUGAUAGAUGGGGAGAUCUUGUGGUGGAAAGCCUUCUCACGCACAUCCUUACAAGCUUUCACACAGUUGCCACAGAUGUGGUUCGGGCUCGAAACCUUUGUGAUUAUCAUUGGCGCCUACACAGCCAAAGCAGAUUGCGCCAGACCGUUGUAGGACAAAGCCCGACACCGAGCGAACCACCGGUCGUUGUUUCUGGAUUAUGCAGCGCUGGGAGUCGUAGUUGCGGGACGACUCGAGGCUUGCUGCCGCUGCUAUGGUUGACGAUGGAAGAUACAUUCCACCGCCUCUACCUCCACCUCCUCCUGGGCCCCCUCAGCCGCAAUCGUCGAGAUCUCCGGGGAGCGCUGGAAACGAGCACUUUCCUCUACGACACGGUCCUGUGUCACCUCCUUCGGUGCUCUCAUCUGUCGGCCUCCCCUCUGGAUUCACUCCUGUGCAUGCCCACCCGCCGGCGAGUCCCUAUGCAUAUCGGUCGUCCGCUGUGACAACCGCUGCUCCUCCUCAAACUCCACUCUCCUCUCAUGGAUACACGCCAAGGAAUUCACCAUUGAGCCCUGGAGCUGACUCUCCGUCCUCUGCGACUUAUAGAAGUCAAGGUGGCAGCACAAUGAUGGAAUAUAAUCCUCAGCAAUGGGCCAGAGGUGGUCCUACUGGCGGUGCUUACAGGCCGCAUGCAACGCUCACAAUACCUGCGGCACCGAGGCCGCUUGAUGAUUCUGGACAACCACUGGAAUCACCUCCUCCGCCGUAUACUCCAAACGAAGCACCAACGCCAAGCCAGCAGCUAAAUGCUCGAUCACCCCCACAUCUGCAGACAAAUGUACGAUUGCCUUCGCAUCUAACGAACGAGGUUGCGACACCCGUGAGUGCAAUUACCAUGGUAGCGUCACCCCUAUCUACCCGAGCACGAGACGGAGCUCAAAUGAGCUUUCCACCGCCACCGCCAAAUUCUCAGCGCGAUCGCUCCGCGUCGAGGUCGAGGUUUGGCCUCUCUGCGUUAACGAGAGGUCGAUCAAGUGAAAGGUCAAAUACCCCGCCUACAAAUGCGAUCGAAAACCUGCAGUAUAGCACCAGGGAAGCUUUGGCAAAUGCUCCAGUGCAACGAUGGGACCAUUCACGGCAGAUCAGUUAUACAGGCAGUCGGCAGACCGUGUACGUGCCGCAGGCUCCAGAACAGGUUUCCGUGCCGCCAGCCGCACGAAGAUCUGCUUCUACCGGGACAAUGAGCCACCAUCACUGGGCUCCGAACAUGACGCUUCCGCCUCCUCCAGGACCGCCGCCCUCGAAUCCCAGCAAUUCUCGGUCUGCAAGCAUGACACGGGCAGGAUCAAGCUUCGACAACGCCAUUGCCGUGCCCUCUGCCGAUGUUAACAAUACGGCGGUCCCCAUUAUAUCUGCUCCAACGCGGCGUCCCCCGCCACAUCGGGGAACUCAGCUUGGUCCGGUUCCUCCCACUCCUGCGGGUUACAGUGAAUUUCCGCAGUCGCCAAUGCCUCCGCAAAUGCGAGGAGGUUCGCCUUCUGGAAAUCAAGAAGAUAUCCCUCCGGUCCCAGCGUUACCAGGUGCUCCGGAAGCUUCAGACGCAGCCAGCAACGUUUCCGUGCCACCGGAGACGUCAGGAGCAUCUGGCUCAAGCGGGAGCUGGUCAGGCUCCCUGCGCCGAGAGCAAAGCGGGAAAGGAAUUCGGGAACGUAGAAGUGAAAGCCGAGCUGCGAAGGAUCGUGUUCCACAUGAGGCCUGUGAGCCUGGUAGUUCCCAAGUUGGACCUGCGGAUUUGAUUCUCAGCCCAAUAAGCAGUGGCAGAGGCAUUACUCGUUCUGGUGCCAUGAAGAAGAGCCGGACAUCACCUAUUGAGUCAGGAAUGAAGGCUUCGCCGAAGGCGUCAAAGGUGUUGCCAACUCCGCCUCCGCAUUCAGGUUCCUCGUUGAAGUCCCCCCAAGUUCAAACGGUACAGGCCCUGGACAGCGCUAGAACCAUGCCGGGCAGUGCGAACACAAUGCCUGAACCAGUGACUCAACUAGGCUCACACAGCUCGGGCAACCAACCCGAGUCUGGCGACUCGUUUGCCAUCUCGUCGAUCAAACGGCAUCAGGAAUUUGUGCGGAAAGAAGCCAGCUGCCAGACUGACUUAGAGCGCCUGCAGCUUUUUGCCGAAUACAUCGUGGCGGAAUCUAGAAUUAGACGAGACCAAUACAGCGCCGCUUUUGCAUCCAUGGAGGCCGCAGAUGUCUUGGAUCUCACGAGGAAUCUUUGGCGGUCCUUACAGCCUACAUCUGCAGCGCCGCGGCCAGUAUCGACAGAACCAUCUUCUGCAUCAUCAAUGCCGCGACCCGCUAGGAGCGAUUCUAUGGGCUCAUUUAUGUCCCUGAACAGUCCUAUGUCAGGUUCACAGGCCAACUUUACGCCAUUGACAGAACCGGAAUCACCUGCUAGCAUCGCCAGCUCCGCUGGUGAUCCGAGGGAGCGUGGCCCAUGGGCUAGGCAUAAGCCCGUCCUGUCUCCAAUCCCAAGCAUGGCUAUGAGCACUGUGCCGGAUGAGGAAGACUCACGUGGACGUCCCGCAAGCAGAUGGUGGGAAUCUAGUGCUGGCAGCAUUGGCGCCUCGCAACGUAUCGAGCGCACAAAGCGCGAGUCCAAAUUCAUGGGCGUUUCACGAGACGCACUCGCCACGCUGCAGUGGCAGGACGAGCCUUCACCCUCUUUUCACGCCACACCUCGUACAGUUGGCGAAUACCCAAUUGAGAAGACUGGAUGGCAUAAUGGGAACCAAGGGUCUUCCAGUACACCACGACACAUUCCAUCGUCUGUCCCAGCAACUCCAGAUCCACAUAAACUCGACGUUUCUAGACUGGUUACUCUGCCACCACCGUAUCCACGCCACUACCCAGCCAUGUCGAAUAACCACCCGGACCUUGCUUCGGUCCGAGCCGUACUAGAGAGUACUCGAGACUUGGACGAAAUCGUCAAGACCAAGGAAGAGUUCAACAGAAAGCUCUACGAACGCAGAGAACGUAAAAACCGCGAGGCGGCAGAGCGGCGCGGGCAAAUGCGCCACAAUAUACAGGAACAGCUCUCUUUGGGUCAGAUGACUUAUGCUCAGGCCGCUGCUGCUGAGGAAGAUUUCAAUGCCGCCGAGGCUCGAACUGCAAACAUGAUCGUGCGACAGGAGUACGACGCUUACCAGCCAGAAGUCAAAACACCUCUCCAUGCCCUGAUAUCUGAGAAGAUCACGAAGUGUACUGCAUGCAUCUCUCAGCUUUGUGCGGGUCUGCAAACAUCUGAAAAUAACGCCGGCCCGAACGAGCCACAGGAAGAAGGCGAUGAACAACCUGAGCUGCUUGAGAAGCUGAACUUGCUCAAAUGGCUGACCGAAGCGCGAGAGACGCUUUACAAGGCCUUGGACGAUCUUGAAAGUGAGAGCAAUGAGCUGUACCGCGAAGUCAUCGUCAAGCCUCUCCGCGAUUCCGGCGAUGAAGCCAAGCUUCAAGGAGCCCAGCAAUUUUUUGACCAAGAUAUUCGAGAGAGGAAGACCAAUUUCGAGAAAGCUGCCAACAAGCGAUACGAAGAGUUUGCCAAGAUCAUCGAGAAGAACGUCACUCGUGGUGUGGAGGAUCAGCUGAGUGCCUUUUGGGAUAUCGCCCCUGGCCUCUCCUCUGUGAUUCAAAAGGUGCCGGAGGAUCUCGAUUCAUCUAAAGGCGAAUUUGAUUUGCUCGUGCCACCAUCAGAGUACGAGGAAAAUCCGCAAUACCACGAGCAUCCGUGUCAGUAUCUGUACACGCUACUUACACAUGCGGAAAAAUCAGCCUAUCAGUUUAUCGAAUCGCAAGUCAACCUCAUGUGCUUGCUGCACGAGGCACAGAACGGACUUAUGGUUGCUGGUAUUAGGCUCAUGGAGAGCCAAAGAGCAGCCGAAGGCGAGGACUGGAGCUUAGUUCAUGCAGAGAUGGGCGAAGUCAGGAAGGCAGAGGAGCAAAGGCUCACCGCGGAGCUGAAGGAGAAGGUUGAGACCGUCGAGAGCCAGUGGCGCGAAGGCUUAGGCAGCAGUCUCGAAGCUGUCAAGGAAAGGGUCCGCGAUUAUCUGUACAGAACUGGCGGUUGGGACGACUCUCUACUUGAAUAAGUGCGCAUUUUCUUUCGUCUAAUCCUUUGUACGGCCUCGAUACUAUUGCGCGCAUGCUAUUUCAUAGUUUCUGUUGCUGUUGGAGAUACCCAAAAGAGCACUUUAUGAAAACGUUGACCAUGACCUCUGAGCGUUUCGGAUCUUUCGAUUUGCUUUCUUACAAGGAACCUUCUUGGUACAAGUCUUAUUUUGUAAUGCAUAAUCGUCCUGCA